UCUCACUUCAGCCAGCUAAAACGUGGGACUGACAGCGUGCUCACGGGGACCGAUCCACCGCAGACAGCCCAACAAAACUGGAUUAUACUAUAUGAAGGUUCUCAGUGUCAGAUACAUUUGAUAUAGGCUAAAUGAAGACUAUCAUGAUUUCUGCUCUACAAUUGGUAUUAAUUCUAUGUAUUGCUGUGACAGUUUGUUCAAUUCAAAACGUUGCCCGUGAAAGUACUCAUGUCCCCUUUACGUCCUGUAACAAUCAAGGGGGAAUUUCCACCGUCCUUAAGUGUUACCGUCACUGUAUGCGUCAGCGUGACGUAUUCUAUAUGAUAGGUCAUGACCCUGGAAUGGAGAAGUGUUACUGUUGUCACUCAGCGCCAGGAAUAGACGAUAUUUUCAUCACAGGAGAAGAAUUACAAACCUACAUAACAGGUCAGUGUCCAAUGGAAUACACAGCGUUUCAAUAUGGGGAACACAGAAUCUGCCUUCGCUAUGUUGAAUCAUCGCAGAAUUAUCUAGAUGCUGUGGAUGUCUGUUCGAGAGAAGGCGGGGACGUAAUCCGUCUUGACACAGAAGAAAAACACGAUAUUCUCCGAUUGUUCGUUGAAGGAAAACGUCAGCUUCCCGAGGUUGAGGUGUGGGUCCAGGGCAUAUAUGAUAAUGGCACGUGGAGAUAUCAUGACGGGUCAGAGUUCACGUACACGUGUCUUAACAGAGCCAGCCAGGAUCCCGCGGAAAUUUACAUGCGGGCAAGAAGUCAAGGGAAUUACAACUGUAACGACGCCGGAAAUUGGCGGGUUGCGUUUUACGUGUGUGAGAUGUACAUUCCUCACGCAUGGUUUUUAAACUCGCUCUUUGUUUGAAAUCUGGUACCAUAGUGGAUAUCAGACGAUUUGAUUGUACAAUAUUUACGUCCAGAGCUUUUCAUACUUUAUGUACAUGUUCAACAAUUAAAUGUUUGUAAGUUCUUUA